UGCGCUUUGCAUGGCUGGCCUCAGGAAUCAGAAACAAGAGAGAUCUUUGCGUUUGAGUCUGAGGACACUGAGUUGCAUUUAGCAGAAAUCUUGGGGUAAAUAGUCUUGUAUACUGGAGGCCAACGGACUCUGUGCAGGUCAGUCAGGUUUAGGAUGGUCCUUCAGCUCCAGCUGUGGCAGCUGCCUCUGCUGAUGUGCCUCGCAGGACUCCUGCUGAGUGAUAUUUGCAGAGGUGAACAUCUGGUGCAGAUCCAGGAAGGUCCAUUGUAUCGUGUGAAAGGAUAUCCAAUGUCCAUCUCCUGUAAUGUUAGUGGCUAUAGUGGGCAGGCUGACCAAGGCUUUGCAUUUUCAGUCUAUAAACCAGAUUAUCCAGAAAAGGAAAUCAGGAUGAUUAGCACAUUUGACCCACAUUAUGCUUAUAGAGUGUACAGAGACAGAGUGAUUGAGAAAAGUAUUGAGAUUAAAAGGCUGUCAAAGACCUCAGUUAUCCUGCAUUUGAAACUUCUGCAAGCAGACGAUGCUGGCGUAUUUGAAUGUUAUACUCCAAACAUCUAUGACACUUAUAUGGGAACCUACAACGGAAAAACAACACUGAAUGUGAUCGAGGACACUCUGAAGGCAUCCUUCUCUAGCCCUGCAUCUUAUAGCAUCUCUGAGGGUGAAUCACUUCAGCUUGAAUGUGAAGUCUCUAGCCAGACCAUGCAGCACACUCAUUUGUCAGUCACGUGGUAUCUCCGUGGUAACACUGAGACCCUCCCCAUCAUCACCCUGGACCGGGAUCUGACUGUGAGGCCUGGAGCAGCGUUUGAAAAACAGUACCACUCAGGGCUCAUCAGCAUAGAGAAAGUAGAAGACACCACCUAUAGACUGAAGAUGAGUCAGGUCCAGCAGUCAGCCAGAGGAGAGAUCUACUGCCAGGCUGAGGAAUGGAUCCAGGACCCAGACCGCUCCUGGAUACGGAUUGCCUACAAGAAUACCACAGGUUCCAAUGUGGAGAUCAAAGCUCUAGAGGUCAUUGAAGUGGGCUCCUUCAUUGCUGCCAUUGACGUCAGUGAAACUCUUCAGGAGGGAGAGAAGGCAGUGAUCCGCUGCAGUGUGCAGGCCCAGAAUCUUCUAGGACGUUUCUUCUCCAUCACCUGGCUGAGAAACAGCAUGGAAGUGGCCCAGAUUGGGCCCUCUGGUGUACUGACCGUAGCUAAUGAGUACAAGGAAAGAGAGAAUAAGGGUGAACUGACAGCAGUGAAGAUAAGUGAUAAUGCUUAUGUCCUCACCAUCCGACCAGUCAGGGCUGAAGACCAUGGCCAGUACCAGUGCAAAGCUACACAAGAGGAGAGAGUGGAGACAGGAAAGUUUACUAGAGGACAAAGCCAACUUUCCAGUGAAAAGACUGUGCACAUCGAAGCCAAAGAGAGUGGUCUGGCUGUGGUGAUGGCAGAGAAGCUCAUUAACAUGACUGAAGGAAAAACACUAAAGCUCACCUGCAGUGUGUCUAAAGCAAGUGGACCACUAUCUGUCUCCUGGCAACACAGGAAAUCUACAAGCAGCCCUUUCAGGGAUGUCAUCAGCAUGAAUCAUGAGGGGGUGAUGGUGAGAGGGCCGGGGGCUCAGUAUCAGGACAGAAUUGUUCGCACAUUUCGUUCCACUGCUACUGACUUCACUUUGGAGAUCAGUGGUGCUGUCCUGUCUGACAGUGGUGAAUACAAGUGCACUGUGUCUGAGUGGAACAUGGACCGCAAUGGCAGCAUAAACAGCCAGUCAGCCUUGGUUUCUGUUGAAUCCAUUGAUUCUUCUCUAAAAGUGUCCCUGAGAAGUCGUGACACAAAUGUAACUGAGAAUUCACUAAUAACUAUGAUUUGCACAGUAAAAGGACCUAAAGUUCCCUUAGAUGUGCACUGGAAGUUCAAAUCUGGUUCAGACGCUCAAAAAGACAUUAUAUGUAUGCUCCGCAAUGGGGCCAUAUCCUGUGGAAGAGAGCAAAAGGAUUAUCAGCUGGAAGCUCAAGUGCAGGAUACAAUCACAGUUUUCUAUCUCAGGAUAUUAAAGGCGAGCAGAAAACAACAGGGCACUUACCAGUGCCAGAUCACAGCUUAUCAAGAAAGUGUUCAGAAAGCCCAAAAACACUCCAAUGAUCUUGCAGUCUCUGUACAUGCUCCUGUCAGCAAACUGUCGCUCUCCAUAAGCCCCAAGGCUUAUUUGGACAUCCCAAUCAAGAGUAAUGCAAAAAUUGAUUGCUUGGUGGACAAAGCAGUCUCUAAUUCAUCCCGUUUUGCGGUAACAUGGAUAUUUGAUGCCCAGACUUUGGUGAAAAUGGAUUCGGAAGGGGUGGUCACUCUGGGACCUGCAGCCAGCAAGGAGAUAAACCAGAGGAUCAACAUGCAAAUGAUUGAGAGGCGAACCUUCCAACUGGCCAUUCAAGAGGUCAGGUCAACUGACCGUGGCCAGUAUAAAUGUUUGGUAGAGGAAUGGAUUCAAGAUCCUGAUGGCAUCUGGUAUCCACUUCAUCCAAAAUCUGUCACCAUGGAUCUUGUUGUGAAUGAACAAGCUAGUGAUUUCAGCCUAAAUAAGUCUGAUGCUCAGCUGGUGGUCACAGAAGGACAGCAGGUGGAUUUGAGCUGCUUACUGCAUACCAAUGGACUGGAUUCAACAUUUCGCUACUCUCUGAUCUGGUCCUUUGAGCGACAAGAUCAGAAAGCGCCUAUGGUACCACUUCUGACUUACAGCCAUGAUGGGCGUUUGCAGUUUUCGAGUGAUGACCCAAAGCUUCAACGCAGGCUUUAUUUCUCACGGCCCACAGUCAGUGACUUCCGUCUGUCCAUCCUGAAUUCCAUCUCAUCUGACACUGGGCGCUACCGCUGUCAGGUAGAUCAGUAUCAGCUUGAUUGUAAGGGCAAAUGGGAAUUUAAGGCAGGCGACAAGUCUGGUUUUACCAAUGUCAAUGUACUCUUAAUAGAAAACAAACUACAAGUAAAGAAAGUGAGCCGCAGUCUCAACGUCACUGAUUAUCGUGCUGGCUUCACAGUUGAGUGUGAAAUAAGCUCUCGGUCCAGUGACAAGUCUCAUUUUGAAGUGACCUGGACCAAGAGUCAGGAAGACGGACAACCCACGACCAUCUUCACUGCAAGACGAGAUGGAACUCUAUCCGACGCUUUUAGUGAUAGAAACUUGCUUUAUAGCCGCCCGCUUGCCACCCUGUAUAGACUCACUUUGCCAGAUGUUGAGCCCUCUGACAAUGGUCGGUAUCAGUGUCAGGUCGUGGAAUGGCUGCAGACUGAUACCUGGAGGGAGGUAGCCAAAGACAAAUCAGGAGAACUUUUCGUCCAUGUAGAGUCAGAGAAAAAGCCAAGUACAGGGACAUUUGUUUUGGAAAAACCUAAUUCGCAUCUUAACCUCACAGAGGGAGAGCGGUUUGUCCUUAAUUGCUCCAUUCUUGUUGAUAAAGCAGAUCCCACUUUCCACUACACUGUCACCUGGCUGUUGGUGAAGCAGGAAACCAGGACCAGUUUGCUGAAACACAGCAAGGAUGGCCGUCUGCAGUACCAAUCAGAGGACCAACAACUUAACAGCAGACUACAGUCCUCCAGGUCUACUGUGACCAAUUUUCAUCUCACUGUCUUCAACUCACUUCCAACAGACAGCGGAACCUACCAGUGCAUGGUAGAACAACACCAGCUUGGUUGUGGGGGCACAUGGGAAAGUAAAGGACCUGCCCAAUUUAUUUCAACCAGUGUCACUGUACGCAGUAUUGAGAGUAAACUACAAGUAAGGAAAGAGAGUCACAGUCUCAACCUUACUGCCCAUCAUGCUGCUCUCACGGUUGAGUGUCAAAUCAUCUCUCACUCCAGUGAUAAGUCUGUAUUUGAAGUGAUCUGGUCCAAGAGUCAAGAAAAAGACCCUCCUAUGACCUUCUUCAGGGUGAUGCGGGAUGGGACACUACACAGUGCUUUCAGAGAUAGAAAUCUGGUAUAUGAGCAUCCGAGCGCAAACCUCUACUUACUGACUGUACCAGAUGUUGAGCCCUCUGACAAUGGCUGGUACCAGUGUCAGGUUGUGGAAUGGCUGCAGACUGCCACUAAUACCUGGAGGGAGGUAGCUAAAGACAAAUCAGGAGAACUUUCGGUCCAUGUCCAUGUUGAAGCUGCUCCUAGUGAAGUCUGCUCUUCCGGAAUGAUCCUGGGCAUCCUCACUCCUCUGCUUUUCAUUCUGCUUGUGGUCAUUGUACUUCUACUGUUAAUGGUCCAGAAGACAAAGUCAGCUUCAAAAAAGCAGAAAGACUGUCUAUGGGCUGAGAAUAAUCCACUCAAGCCCUUUCCAGAACCAACAGCAGGUGAAGGGGACAGUGCCUAACUAAUCACAAGUGAUGUCUUCACCAUAUUCUAGCAGUUGUCAUCCACUGGAAAACAUGUUAACUAGGAUGCAUCAUAAUAUGAUCAGUGUAAUGUAGUGACAAUGUUGGUAAUGGAGGAAAAACAGGAAACAACAGUGCAUGUAAGUUUGCAAGAUGGAGCAAGAAUCUAUUGGUAAAAUGUGUACAGGUUGCAUAGAAAUUCUACUGCUUGUUACCAACUGAAAAAAAGCACUUUUAGUUACUUAUGAUGUAAUUUAUAUUCUCAUUUACUGUAAUUUUGCACAGCACAUUUGAAGGCUUGUUUAUGAUCAUAGUCUCCUGUUAGACUAUCCUUCAGACAACAGUAUUUUAAAGCUUCGAGUGUCAUUACUAUUGUUGUGAACGUAGCAACUAUACAGCUAUAGAUUAACUAAUUUACAUACCUUCAAUGCUUGUUUUUAUUUCAAUAGAUGACAUCACAAUCACUGAUGUACAGAAAACUAUCACUUUGAACUGCAGCAGCUAUUUAAUGUUGUCUUUUUCUAUAGUAAAAUUGUGAUAUUGACUAAGUCUAAAACCACCAAAAAGUA